AUGGACCGUGGAGCCAUCCCGCUGCUGCUGCUCAGCUUCCUCUGCCUCCUGCCCGCCGCCCAGCUUCAGACCAAGAUACCGCUGGAGACGGUUAAGUCUUGGGCAGAUGUCUUUGGUGGUGAGCUGUACUCAAUUGUGACCAAGUAUUCAGGCUCUCUCCUAUUGCAAAAGAAAUACAAAGACGUGGAGCCAACCCUGAAGAUCAAAGAGGUGGAUGGCCUGGAGCUUGUAAAGAAGUUCUCAGAGCAGAUGGAAAGCAUGCUCCGCAGGAAGGUGGAAGCUGUUGAGAGGUUGGUGGAAGCAGCAGAGGAUGCAGAUCUGAACCACGAGUACAACUCCUCACUGGAGUUUGAUUACUACAACUCCCUCCUGAUUAAUGAGAAGGAUGAAAAUGACAAUUAUGUGGAGCUUGGAGAUGAAUUCAUUCUGGAGCCAAAUGAGCAUUUCAAUAACCUGCUGGUAAACACAACAUACAGUGAUAUCCAGCUCCCUACCAAUGUCUACAACAAAGAUCCUGACAUCUUGAAUGGUGUUUACAUGUCAGAAGCCUUGAACCCUGUCUUUGUGGAUAACUUUGAAAGGGAUCCUACGCUGACCUGGCAAUACUUUGGCAGUUCUACAGGGUUCUUCAGGCUCUACCCAGGAAUAAAGUGGCUACCAGAUGAGAAUGGGGUCAUCUCCUUUGACUGCAGGAAUCGUGGCUGGUACAUCCAAGCAGCCACCUCUCCCAAGGACAUUGUCAUCAUUGUGGAUGUCAGUGGAAGCAUGAAGGGCCUGCGGAUGACCAUUGCCAAACACACCAUUGUCACCAUUCUAGAUACUCUUGGGGAAAAUGACUUUGUCAAUAUCAUUGCAUACAAUGAUUAUGUUCAUUUUAUUGAACCCUGUUUUAAGGGUAUCCUGGUCCAAGCAGACAGAGACAACAGAGAGCAUUUCAAGCAGCUGGUGGACGAACUGCAGGCAAAAGGAGUGGGAACGGUGAACAAGGCCUUGACAGAGUCCUUCAAAAUCCUGAGGGAGUUCAGAGAUGCUGGCCAAGGAGGCUUGUGUAACCAAGCCAUCAUGCUGAUCACAGACGGAGCAGUGGAGGAUUAUGAAGCUGUGUUUGAAAAGUACAACUGGCCAGAUCGAAAGGUCCGGGUUUUCACUUACCUCAUUGGACGGGAGGUCACUUUUGCCCCCAAUGUGAAAUGGAUCGCCUGCAACAACAAAGGCUACUAUACCCAGAUCUCCACACUGGCAGACGUCCAGGAGAACGUGAUGGAGUACCUGCAUGUUCUCAGCCGUCCUAUGGUCAUCAACCAUGACCACGACAUUAUAUGGACUGAAGCCUACAUGGACAGCGCGCUCUUUGCAUCUCAGGCUCAAAGUCUGUUGCUCAUGACAACAGUGGCUAUGCCAGUCUUCAGCAAGAAGAACGAGACGCGAUCUCACGGCAUUCUCCUGGGUGUGGUGGGCUCUGAUGUGCCACUGAGGGAGUUGUUAAAACUUGCUCCACGCUAUAAGCUGGGUGUCCACGGAUAUGCCUUUCUGAACACCAACAAUGGCUACAUCCUCUCACACCCAGACCUCCGUCCUUUGUAUAAAGAAGGAAAGAAGCUGAAGCCUAAGCCGAACUACAACAGUGUGGAUCUCUCAGAGGUGGAAUGGGAAGACCAGGAUGAAAUACUGAGAACUGCCAUGAUCAAUGGGGAAACAGGCUACCUCUCCAUGGAUGUGAAGGUCCCUGUGGAUAAAGGGAAACGAGUUCUCUUCCUCACAAACGACUAUUUCUUCACGGACAUCAGUGGCACACCCUUCAGCCUGGGGGUUGUGCUAUCCAGGGGACAUGGGGAGUACAUUCUGCUGGGAAACACUUCAGUGGAAGAAGGUUUGCAUGACCUGCUCCAGCCAGAUGUGUCUUUAGCAAACGAAUGGAUUUACUGCAUCACAGACAUCGAUCCAGACCAUCGGAAGCUCAGCCAGCUGGAGGCUGUAAUCCGGUUCCUCACAGGAGAGGAACCUGACCUGGAAUGUGAUGAGGAGUUGGUCCAGGAAGUGCUGUUUGAUGCAGUGGUCACUGCACCCAUGGAAGCCUACUGGACAACACUAGCCCUCAAUAUGUCCACGGAUUCUGAGGCAGGGAUUGAGAUGGCAUUUCUGGGCACCCGGGCUGGACUCAUGAGAAGUGCCCUGUAUGUGGGCUCUGAGAAGCUUUCUAACAGGAAAUUCCUGACUCGGAAGGACAAAGAGAGUAUCUUCACCAUGGACCACUUCCCUCUGUGGUACCGCCGGGCAGCCGAGCAUCCCCCCGGGAGCUUCAUCUACAGCAUCGUUUCAGAAGAUGACUCAGAGGGCAGCGGCCUACCAAAAGUGGUGACAGUUAGCACGGCAGUGGCUGUAUCUGUCGAUGGGAAGAUGGGUAUUGCUGCAGCGGUGGGCGUGCAAAUCAAGCUGGAGUUACUCCAACGCAAGUUCUGGAUGGCCAUGCAGCAGCCCAACGAUACCGAUUGCAGUGCCUUCGAUGGUGCCUGUCCACUCAGCUGUCAGGACGAUGUUCUGAAUUGCUUCCUCAUUGAUAAUAAUGGCUUUAUCCUUGUUUCCAAAAGACCUCCAGAGAUUGGAAAAUUCCUUGGUGCAGUGGAUGGCUCAGUAAUGACCCAGCUACUGAACAUGGGCAUGUUCAGACGGGUGACAAUGUAUGACUACCAAGCAAUGUGCAAGGUGCCCUACCACCACCACAGUGGUGCCCGGCCGCUGCUCAGUCCAAUUUAUGCCUUUCUAGCUGCACUGAAAUGGCUGAUAAGUGAUUUCCUCAUCUUCCUGUUGGAGUUUAGCAUGAGUAGCUUCUGGCACUCUGACAAUGUGGCAGACGCCAAGGCUGUCUUCCAUCACUCCCACAGGCACAAGAAGCACGACACACUGCAGCCCUGCGACACAGAGUACCCCGUGUUCGUGUACGAGCCGACCAUCAAGGAAACCAACGGGCUGAUCGAGUGCGGGGACUGCCAAAAAAUGUUUGUGGCCCAGCAGAUUGCCAGCAGCAACCUGCUGCUUCUUGUGACAGAUGCCACCUGCGACUGCAGCAUCUUCCCACCUGUCCUGCUGGAUGCGAAAGAAGUCAAAUACAACGCAUCGGUGAAGUGCGACCGCAUGCGCUCCCAGAAGGUGAGGCGGCGACCAGACACGUGCCACGCGUUUCACCCCGAGGAGAACGCCCAGGACUGUGGUGGUGCUUCUGAGCUCUCAGUCUCCCCCAUGCUGCUCCUCCUGCCCCCAGCGCUGCUCGUGCGGUGACACUGCUCCCAGUGGGGACGCGGCGAGGGACAAACUGCCGACCCUGUGGGACACCGGGGAUGGCGGUGUGCCCUGGGAGCCACAGGGCUCUGCCAGGCUGAUCUUGCCUUAGGAGAGUGGGCAUGUGGGAGACCCUGCCUUGUAGGAGAGGCUGGGGUUUUGAGUCAGUACUGGGCCAUUGGGGUCCUCAGUAGUGAAGCAACUUCUCCUAUUCUUGCAAUGGUCAUCAGCCAGGACCCUGGGCUCAGGACAUGGCUUUGGCCCUGAAUUGCACUGACUGCCUGCAGGCAGACCACAGUAGGCAGCUCGGCUUUGCCAGGCAGCUGCACCUCGCUGAGAACCUGCUCCAAGCACUGCCAGCACAGUGCUCAGAUGCCUCUCCAGGUGUGGGUGUGCGUGCGGGAAGGGGCUGCAUGUUGCUCACCAAGGAGAGGUUCCUUCCCUUGGGGCAAUGCUGCCCUGAGGCUGCCCGUGGCUGUCUGGGGCCCUGGGCCUGAGC